UAUAUAAAAAAAAAAUACCAUUCUAUGCCCCUCAUUUACCCCUCCAUUUUACUUUGGAAAAAAAAAAAGUUUACUGGUGCAUAUCAAUACGGUAAAUACUAUUAUCUAUAUCCAACGAAACUAACCACAUGGGAUAUGAAACAACUUACCUAAAAAGCUUAGAAGUAAAGUACAUGCAGGUACAUGCAUAGGUACCUUGCCGUCAUACCUAGGUACCGAAGAUAAGCUUUCAAAAAAGAGUAAACUCGAGAAAAGUUUACCGCUACCUUAGGUAGUUAAACUCGUCUUUCAACAAUUUAGACCUCGUCAAAGCCAGACUGCCAGACUUUAAAGUUACUACGACGUUGCCACUCAUCUCGGCUAUAUCAGAAACAUGUCUUCAUCUUUCCGUUCCACAUCUCCCAAAAACUCAGCUGCCCAUCAGGCACUUGAAUUCGACUCAGACUCGGAUGCCGCAGCACAUGCCAUAGAUAGUGACUCGGAAACGGAUGGUCCUGGACAUCACACCGAGUCACCCAAUCGGAAAGAGGGUACAGCGGGUGAUGCACCAGAUCAUCAAGGAAAUACAUCUCCGCCCUCGCUCGAAGAUGGCAUGUUACUGCGAGAUCGUCCUAGAAAGACCACAUUUCAUGACGCUGUAGCUGAGCGGCAGUCAAUUCAGACCGACGCCAAACUUAUCUAUCAACGAACCCAACUGGACCAGUUGAAAACGGAGGGGAGCAACUGGAGCCAGUCACAAACUCCUCAUGGCAGCCCUGUCGCUUCUGUUGGCUUAGCACCUGCAAAGUCGGCCAACGAGACUUCAACUAGUCGUCCUUAUUUGAACCUAGGCACCAACCCAAACUCUACACCUCUUCCCCCUAUCUCGCAGGGUUACGACUUUCCUCAUAUUGCAGGCUCCUCGACUACUAAUCUUCGUGACCUUGACACCACUCCCCACACAGCUACGCAACCGUCUUUAGGACGAGAUACCGGUCCCCCACCGACUAGUCACCCCCGUAACGAGCCUUACCAGGAGCGUAGCGGCGCAAGUCUGCAACCUAACAUGGGGCUUCCCGAGGCAGCAUCGUCUAAUAUUGCUAGUGGCAUGGGUAGCAAUGACCCUCACGUCAUAGCCGAACUGAGCACCAUCUUCCAAAACAUACAGAAGGUCUUAGACAUUCGCCAUAAGUAUAUCCGCUUGUCCUUGCAGAGAGACGGUGAUAAUCCCAAGGACGACCCGAGUUGGGAUAUUUACCCUCCUCCACCGGAGCCAGCCUGGGCUGAAGCUUUUAUAAAUCAGGACAGCCAUGGCAUGAAUACGGGAAAUAAUAGCAUGAGCAACAGCACUGUUCUAUCUGCCCAACCUGGUGCUCAGCGGCCUGAUGAACCCAGACCUGCAACCGCAGACACCCGACCUAAACGGAUAUCGAGGAAGCGCAAGCCGGGCCAUGAUAUCGGCGAGGACUUUGAAAUGGCAGACCUCCUACCUCUCCCUCAAGGGAGCGAAUUUAUCUUUCGUCUAGAUGACAAUGGUGUUUACCAAGUCUUCGAGAACGAGGCCGCGGGUGAAGCUAACACACCGGUGGUGGGAGUGCCUACAAUUAAAGAUUUCUACAUGGAUCUAGAAGAACUCUUGGCCAUAUCAUCUGAUGGCCCAAGCAAGAGUUUCGCCUUUCGGCGGCUGCAGUAUUUGGAGGGCAAAUUUAACCUUUACGUGCUCCUAAACGAGUAUCAGGAAACCGCAGAUACCAAGAAGGUGCCUCAUCGAGAUUUCUACAACGUAAGAAAGGUUGACACGCAUGUCCAUCAUUCGGCUUGUAUGAAUCAGAAGCACCUGUUGCGAUUCAUUAAAAGUAAGAUGAAGAAGUGCCCGGACGAAUACGUGCUCUUUAGGGAUGGUAAGAACCUCACACUAAAAGAAGUGUUCGAGAGUAUCAAUUUGACUGCAUAUGAUUUAAGCAUCGACACUCUAGAUAUGCAUGCCCACACUGAUUCAUUCCAUCGCUUCGAUAAGUUCAAUCUCAAGUAUAAUCCCAUCGGUGAAUCGCGGCUGCGAACUAUUUUCCUCAAGACGGAUAAUUUCAUCCAUGGCCGUUAUCUAGCAGAAAUCACCAAAGAAGUCAUUUCCGAUCUUGAGUCCAGCAAAUACCAGAUGGUAGAAUGGCGAAUCUCGAUAUAUGGCAGGUCUUUGGAUGAAUGGGACAAGCUUGCUGCAUGGGUUGUCGAUAACAAAUUAUUUUCGCAUAAUGUUCGUUGGCUCAUCCAAAUUCCACGGUUAUACGAUGUCUUUAAGGCCACCGGGUUGAUGGAGUCCUUCGACCAACUUGUAAAGAACGUCUUCCAGCCACUUUUCGAAGUGACCAAGAAUCCAGAGAGCCAUCCAAAGCUUCAUAUAUUCUUGCAGCGAGUUAUUGGAUUUGAUAGCGUGGAUGAUGAGAGCAAGGUUGAGCGGCGACUUUAUAGAAAAUUCCCCGUGCCAAAGGAGUGGAACUCUAAACAGAACCCGCCAUAUAGCUAUUGGAUUUACUACCUCUUCGCAAACAUGACCUCGCUCAACUUUUGGCGUCGCCAACGUGGCUUCAAUACGUUCCUACUCCGGCCUCAUUGUGGAGAGGCAGGUGAUAGCGAACAUCUGGCUGUUGCCGUACUGUGCAGUCAUAGCAUCAGCCACGGGUUGCUGCUGAGAAAGGUUCCCUUGUUGCAGUACAUUUUCUAUCUUGAGCAGAUAGGUAUCGCCAUGUCGCCGCUGAGCAACAAUGCGCUUUUCUUAGCCUAUGAGAGGAACCCGUUCCAUCAGUACUUCAGACGUGGACUGAACGUAUCUCUCUCUACAGACGACCCGCUUCAAUUCGCAUUCACAAAAGAGCCACUGAUGGAGGAGUACGCUGUUGCAGCACAGAUUUAUAAAUUGAGCCCAGUAGAUAUGUGUGAGCUCGCUAAAAAUUCAGUGAAGCAAAGUGGUUACGAGUAUUCCAUCAAACAACAGUGGCUAGGAGAAAGGUUUAACCUACCUGGCAAAGAUGGGAAUAGUAUGGUCAAGACUAACAUACCAGAUCGAAGAGAAGAAUUUAGGUAUCAUACGUGGGUUGAAGAGCAUCGCUUGAUAUCGAGCUAUACUUCUGCGAACGAGCUGGACGAAGUGCUUGAGCACCAUCCGACAAUUACUUCAAGUCAAAACCCAACAUCGCCAACGUCGUCCGUUAUGGCAAAUUUGGACUCCAGCUCUCACGUCUUGCUUAACACUGGGAGCCUGCCACGCGUAGGAUCACAAGCCGACCUUGAUACCCAUACGAACGGGUCAUUCCCAGCCUCUGGGUCUGGGCUUGGCCUAUCGCAAUGGGAACCCUGGCCGUCAGAGGGACUUCGCGAAACGCACCUUUCUGUGCAUGAGCCUCGGUACAUUCCGGGUAUGAUGGCGAGAGCGUCAAGGCAUGGCAGCAUGCACCGUAGUUCGAUGCAUGAAAGUGACGAUGCGGGUUCUGUUCGCAAUAUUUCUAAGAAAUCUAACGGGAAGGAGGGCCAGAGCCAAUAGGUCAAGAUUGAACAUAAGUCUAGCUUGGCUAGUACCUAGUAUAAUCCUUGUCGGCUGUUGUGAAUAGCUGAUCUGGGAACAGAAAUUUGGUUAAGAGCAUCUUGGCGCUAGGUCGGUUUUGCUAAUUGUUAAAUUCGCUAUGGAGUACAAUUAAGGUGGUUUAUGGUUUAUGUUGAUGAAGCAAUCUUGGGAGCUAAGUAUUAUGUGCUAUUAUGUCAUAGGUACGCGUAUACCUACCUCUAAGGUAAUAUGCAUCUUGGAUUCUGCAUAACCGGUACAACUAUAAAUUAGAUAAGCUCCCCUUUCUGUCGUAGGUAGUAGGUAGAUUACAUGCAUAGAUACCAAUAGGUAAAACACGCGUAAUUAUCAUAUGUAAUUAAUGGAUUUUAGAG